AUGGAUGACGCCCUCACGAGCAACGCACUUGAAUCAAUGACUACUAGUCUACACUACUGCGGAUCCAGAUCACCUACUUCGUCUCUACGAUGCGUCGUCUGUGGUUCAAAGUCAAUUGGAAUAAACUUCGGUGUUCAAACGUGUGCUCCUUGUAAAGCCUUUUUCCGACGAAACGCCAGACGAAAAGAACUUCUGGAACUACCGUGUCGACACCGUGAUCUGAGUAGUAUGUUGGGAAAUGAGAAUGAGGUGAACGGAAGAUCAAUGCGUUAUCUACAAAUUCGUCGAUGUUCAUCAUGUCGGUUGCGUCGAAGUUUUGAGAUGGGCAUGAAAGAAGAACUGGUGCGAACGGAGGAAGAAAAUGAACGAUAUAAACAAUUAGUCGAUAUAAAUCGACGACAACGAGAAUUAUUGCGACAACAACUACUGGAAAUGAAAACAUCGCCUAUUCCUCAGCGUAUUUUCGUCAAUACGGAAUUGUCGCACGAGAUAGACUGGACUCAUUUGUCGAAUAUUGUCUAUGCAUAUAAUUCAUGUUGUGUUCAAACUUAUGCUCGGCAACGUACAAGUGUCAUAUUUAAAGAUCAUGCGUCAACAAUAUCAGAUCCUCAAUUGAACAGAGUUUAUCCAACAUCUGCUGCUAUGAGUAUCGUUCUAUCAGUCUCAUCCUUUCUCAAGUCACUACCAGCUUAUUAUUCUCUUCCGCGAGUUAUUCGUAAUUACCUUUGCAAAACAAAUAUUCGACCUUUGAUCUUUCCAAACAUCUAUGAACUCCAACAAUGUUGUUACCACGAGCCGUGGCAGAUGGACGUCCUCGAAGGUACUUGGCGACUCAUGUGCGGCCCACAGCUUUAUCCACAAUUUCACCAAACAGAAGUAUUAGCUUCAAAGAAUUUAGUCACUGACCCGAUCGUCAUCCGCCUGUUUUUCGUCAUUUUAUUCUUCUCUACUCCUCUUCACUAUCAUCAGGACAGUGCAACACCAACAAAAGUUCUCAAGAAGAAGCGGCUUGUCACUGACACUCAACACGCAUACAUCACUCUCCUGUGGAAGUAUCUCUCAUAUCGGUAUGGUUCAACGGAGACAAUUCGAAUCUAUACACAUUUGGUUCAUGUGUAUAUAAAAAUGCAAACAGUGGGAUUCGGAAUCUACACUCAUCUGACAACACAGAAGAACUUGAUACCGACGAAUGAAACACUGAACAAACUAGUCACAAUAGAUGUUCAUGAAGCUCAAAUGAGUUAG